AUGUCUAUCGACUUGUCCCUCGACCGGAUUCACACUCUCCUUCGCUAUUUUCCUUACACACGACCCACUGUUCACAUCGCCGGCACUAAUGGAAAAGGCAGCGUAUCGUCAUUCGUCUCAUCGAUCCUCCUCGCAGCCUCCAUAUCUGUCGGCAAGUUCAAUAGCCCGCAUCUCGUUUCUAUCGUCGACUCUAUCACUGUGGAUGGUCAGUCCGUCAGUGAUGAUGUAUACGGCUCCGCCAGGGCGUCGGUUGAAGCCGUGAACGAGAAAUAUAGCAUCGAAGCGAGCAACUUUGAGGUCCUCACAUGCACAGCUCUAACCAUCUUUGAGCGCACAAAGGUCGAUAUCGUUGUAUUAGAGGCAGGGAUGGGCGGCAGACUGGACGCUACGAACGCUAUCCCUGACACAUGUGUGCUCGUCUCAGCGUUGACGGCGGUGGAUCUCGAUCACCAAGCAUUUCUUGGAAGCACAAUAGGGCAGAUCUCGCGAGAGAAGGCAGGCAUUGCCAGGAAAGGCAAAACGUUUGUGUUGGGUCCUCAAAAGCAUGACGAAGUCGGGCUUGUCGUGAAGCAAGUAGUUGGUGAUGUUGGAGCGUAUCUUGUUACCGCUGUCGCUGCGAGGACACGAGCUUGGAAUACUGUGGUUGAUGGCCCUCAGCCCCCUGUGUUCUCCCUGGACUCCUUACAUGGUGCGGACGAAGAAUUUCAAGGACCUCCAUAUCAGCCCGUGGAGUUUAUUAUGACUUGUUUCGAGCAGCCUGUGCUGUCUCAAUUGCCGCUGUUCGGCUCUCAUCAGCUCGACAACCUGGGCACUGCUGCGACGAUCAUCGAUACUCUCAUCGUUCACCCUUGCGCACAACGGUUAUCACUCAGGAAUAAACUCACUUCUAACUUGGUAUCUCGUGGCAUUCGUGCAACCGUCUGGCCUGGCCGUUUAUCCUUCCAUACCAUCCCCAGACGUCUGUUACCCGUAGAGGAUAGGCCUGUCUGGGGUACGAACCCAAAAUUGGUUGUUUUAGCUGAUGGUGCUCAUAAUCCAGCCUCCGCAUCCACUCUUGCCACUUACAUCUCGCAACUCGUCAGGACCAAGGGUGCUGACAGUAGCGUGUAUCUGACAUACAUCUUAGCGUUGUCCCAUUCACCGCCAAAGACACCAUUACAAACGUUAUCCCCUUUGUUUUCACUUUCUCCUCCAGUCAACACACAAAUCCAUUACAGCGCUGCCGUAACACGGUUUUCUCCAGUUGCAGGGAUGCCUUGGGUCCAAUCCGUACCUCCAUCGACACUCGCACAAGUCAUCAAGGAUCUUGCACCAGACGCAGAUGUAUGGUCACCGCCGGAUGGUCAGGAUUCGACCCAAGAGCUGAAGCAGGCUUUGCGGUGGGUAUCUCAGAAGAGACAUCCGCAGGCGGCAUUCGUAGUAUUAGCAGGCAGUCUGUAUCUUGUGGCAGAUCUGUACCGACUGCUGAAGGAAAACAUCUAAUCAUAGUCAUAAUUUCUCCGU